ACAUAUAUAACAUUUAUAAAUCAAACGUGUAGUAAUCAUACAAAUACAUUUAACUAGAAAACUCUAUGAUGAAUUGGAUUUUGAACACUUCCUUUUUUACGGUACUAGGGAUACUGGAAUUUAUGCAUCUUAAUGUCCAGUACGAUCAAUCUCAAAUCGUGUAUAUUCAAGACAACACCAUAUUAUUAUUUCGUACUUUGGGUUAGAUCGAAAAAAUACUGUGGAUUUUCAAAGUGUUUGCUUACUAGAUAAUAAUUCUCCGGGAAAUAUUGGAAUAUUCUUACUAGCUGACACAUUAGUCUUACUCCAAACUUCUCAAAAUGUUACUUUGACUGUUAUGAACCAAUCAGCAAUCCUCGGGUGAAUUCGCUACUUUCCGUUUGUAUCAAGGUACGGAAUCGGCCGAGUUGUGACGAAUGUGUACGAACGUUUAAAAUUAAUCAAACGACAAAAGUUUCCGUGAGCUGGAUAUUAAAAUAUUCAGUGUCUUGAAAUCUCCACUUGUAUAACUAAGUUACGACUUAUUGUCUAAUUAAAGUGGAAUAAGAUCGGUAUUCAAGCCAUAACAAGAGGGAAAAGAGAAGAAAAAAAAUGUCCGACUUUUCAUCAAUCAUCUCGUUCAGUAGUGUCUUUCAAUAUUUCCAACUAUCGAGUAUUGUUUUGACUAUGGUAUUUGGAAUAAUCAUAUUGAUAGCACUUCCGAUUAAAUUUUUGAAGCAAAAUCACAAAUUUUCAAACAGUUUAUAUCUUGUUUUGUUAAUUGGAUUUUUUCAUGAAUGCUUUGCGUUUAUGACCUGGCUUAAAUCAACAUAUCAAUUAUAUGGAAUCAGUCCAUUCGUAUUAGAUAGCUACUCAUUUCCCGUCGCCUGUUUUAUCUUUACACUUGGCGUAAUAUUUAUGACAGAAUGGUCAAAAGAGGAAUUAAGAACCAGACUCAGUACAUUUAUAUAUGGAGUUUACAUGUCUUUAGUAUUGCUACUAGUUAUCGUAAUGGGAGUUUUGCACAGCUUUAGCAGCCAGCAUCACAACAUUGAGUUCCACAAGUCUGACUUCUUCUAUUCUGAUAGAACAGAUGAUAAUAUACCGAGAGGACCUGUAUCUAUGGUUGAAUACAAAAGUUGUUUUGUAUGCUGUGCGUUGGAAUAUGUUUUAAUUUAUGCUCCUGUCACUUUUAUCUUGCUCUGGAACGUAACAACAUGCGGGCCUAGUGGUCAACAAGGCCAGCAUCACCAGCAGUGUAUGAUGUGUGGAAAUAAUCUUAUGGUACAGCGGUACAUCUUAUUGUUCAUGUUGUUUGUGAUUUGGAUCGUGAGACCAAUUGUUUGGAUUAUCAACUUCCGGUACAGUUUUUUGUCACAAGAUAUAAUUCCAAGCAUUACAAUGUACAUUGUGUAUACUUCUAUGCUUUGGCAUUUUCUACAGCAAGGAUUUGAUAAGAACAAUUGCAUCGAUGAUAGCUGCAAUCACAGAUAAAAUAACUUGCUUGGAUCAGAAAAGCAAGAAAACCUGAUCCUUAUAUAAACCUAUCAAUUGUGUAUUAAAGAUUGG